AUGCAAACAGUUGUUGGAAACUCUAGCCAACACAUCAGUGGAACUUUCGAAUAUGAUUUUGAUGCAAUUGGAGGAAAGUCAAGAUUGGAUUCGUAUACAACCGGACCUUUAGGUCAAGUGAAUGUGGCCACAAAUUGGAUCUUUCUCAAUAACUCUAAUGGCCUACAACUUUCCUACACCAACACUCAAGGUUCCUGCACCUGUGUCCAAAUCAAGAAAACUCAUUUCGACCAAAUAUGUUAUCCUAUUGGAAACCCAAUUGAAAAUGAAAAGAUUGUGAUUGGUGGAUUAGUUGCCAAUCGUUUGGUUUACCUCGAAGAAAAUGGACAAACAAGAAUUGAAAGUACCAUUUUCAAUCAAGAUGGAAAUUGUUGGAUUUUGAAUAGAAAUGUUUUUUCCAAAAUGAUUGUUCAAUCAUUCAAUUAUUAUAACAUGGUUGGAAAGUUGUAUGUUGAGAGAUUUAGAUUACCUGCUAAUUGUCCAAAAGCAGAUCAUUGCACUCCACUUCCAUGA